AAAUUGAACUUUGAUCGUUGGAUAGACCUGUCGAUAAUCAUGACGGAUUGCUCACUGUGCCUCUACGUCGAACUUUUCGUCAAAUACUACAUCUACGCAUGGUUGAUCGGACUGGGCGUUUGGUUUCUGUUGAUUUUAGCCUCGAAAGUGGGAAGCGAUGGCAACAAAUUUAAAUACUACGCCAAGUUCGGCAUGAUUUACUACGCAACGCAGGCAUUCGCGACACUGUUUGCACCGAUUUCGCUUUUAAGGCCACGGAAUCCCGCCAACGCUGGAUUCAUCUCAGCGGUGGCGUCACGUGCCUCGACCCUGUUGCCCAUUACUUGGGAACUGCGAAAUGCUCGGAUUCUGAAGGAAGCCAAAGGUGCGGUCGUCAUGGCGAACCACCAAACGUCAAUGGAUAUUUUGGGUCUGGAAAUACUGUGGAGCAUCAUGGGCGAUGUGAUCUCCAUCGCCAAAAAGGAGAUGCUCUUCAUCCUUCCGUUCGGUCCCGCAGCCUGGCUCGCCGGUAUCACCUUCAUCAAUCGCCAGAACCGCCCCUCGGCCAUGAAGACUCUGGAGGCCUGCAAGCGUAAGAUGGUGGAGAAAGGAUUUAAAAUGUAUCUCUACCCGGAGGGCACCCGGUAUCCCGAACGGGGAAUGCUUCCCUUCAAAAAGGGUGGCUUCCACACGGCCAUCCAAGCAGGCGUCCCAAUUAUUCCAGUCGUCUUCUCACACAUGUACUUCAUCGAAGCCAAAAAGUACAUCUUUAAGCCGGGACACGUGCUCAUGAAUGUACUGGAACCGAUUCCGACCACGGGCCUGACCAAGGACAACCUGGAUGAGCUGAUAAAGCGGACGAGGGAUGCCAUGUUGGCGGAGUACGAGAGGCUUUCGGCUGAGAUGGAGGCCAACCUUGUCGAUCCGAAGUGGGUGCGAACGAGCCGACCACGGUUUGUUGUGUAUGAUGAUGAUAAAAAGACUAAUUAG